ACACCACCCGCAAAAUCCUAGCGCAGCCGGCUACACCUCUGACUUCGACCUCGUCAACACCUCGCCCGUCCGCUCUCCCCUCACCCACGUCCACUCGUCCACCUCCACAACCCACCCCCUCCCUCGCCAUGUCGCCGAUUUCCGUCUUCCGCGUCGCCACCCGCGCCGUCCGCCCUUCCGGCUUCCUCAGAGCGACCCAAUUCCCCCGGGCCCGCGUCCAGGCCCCCGUGGCUCUGUCCAUCGGCCGUCCCAGCUUCAGCACCUCCGCGAAGCGCUUCUCCGGCCACCACGAGGAUGAGACAUACGAGGAAUUCUCUGCCAGAUUUGAGAAGGAAUUCGAUGGUGUCCAGGAUGUUUUCGAGCUCCAGCGCAACCUGAACAACUGCUUCGCCUACGAUCUCGUUCCCUCCGUUGAGGUCCUCACCGCCGCCCUGAAGGCUGCUCGUCGCGUCAACGACUUCCCCACCGCUGUCCGCGUCUUCGAGGGUAUCAAGGCCAAGGUCGAGACCCAGGAGCAGUACAAGCAAUACCUCGAGGCCCUUGAGGGUCUUCGUCAGGAGCUGGGUGUCGCUCUCCGGGAAGAGCUCUACCCCCAGGAGGAGUAAACAGCACACACACCCUUGUCCGGAAAUUAUAUCUCGUCAUGUUUCUUCCCCCCCGCCGCGUCAAUUGAGAUAGGAAAGCUGUAUACAUACUCUAGAAGUGCAGUUGGAAUGAAGUCGCUGGUCCCUUUUUUUUCCCAGUUAUCUCUC